AUGUUUGAAUUCGAAGAAUUAAAAGCAAAUAUUGUAGAAAAUAGUUGUGCACCUGGUAAAACUAAUCAAGAACAAGCACAACAUAUUUUUGAACUUGAAAUAGUUAGGCGAAUUAUGAAAUAUGUCUUUGAUUCUUUAGAAAAAUUUAUCGAUUUAUCCGGUACGAAUACAACUUUUUCUGAUUUUCUCAAUUGGAAUCAAUCAACGAUUUUGUUUACUGGAAAGGAAAUGAUUCUAUGUAAUCGUCUUUUCAAAGCAUAUGUUGAUAAAACGAUCAAUGAUAAUAAUCAAUCGCCAGAAAACCAGGAUAUACCUUCCGAAUUAUCAUUAAAACAACAAAUAGGUACAAAACGAGCUCUACUAAUUGGAAACAAUGCAUAUAAAAAAGCAAAUCAACUUGAAAAUUCUAUUAAGAAUGUUAACGAUCUUGACAAGAAACUUCGUUCAAUUAAUUUUGAAGUUACAAUAGGUACUGAUUUAACUAAUGAUGAAAUGGAUGAAAUAAUACUUACAUUUGUUGAUCAAAUAAAAGAAAAUGAUAUUGUUAUUUUCUUUUUUGUUGGUCAUGAAGUUGAAAUCAAUAAUCAAUAUUUUUUAAUACCUACUAAUGAUCAACGAAUUACAAAUAAUCGAUUGUAUAACAAAAGAGCGGUAGAUACUGAAGGAACAUUAGAAUUAAUUAUGGAACAAAAACCAUUAGUGGGUAUAUUUUUAUUCGAUUGUUCAUUUAGUUAUUUACAAGAUAAUAAAAUCAUAUCAAAAACAAACAGUCUUAAUCUACGAUUAUCACCAAAUUCAAUUGUUGUAUAUAGUCGUGGUACGUGCAAAACGACAGAAAACAACAAUACAUUUACGGAUCAACUCCUCAAAUAUAUUACCGAACCUAAUAUGGCCAUUACUAAAAUGUUGACUACUGUAUGUGAUGAAACAAAUCAAGCGAAUAAAAAUCAAAUUUCUUGUCAAAUGGGUUAUCUUCGUAAUACGGAUAUAUAUUUAAAUUUUCAAGCAGAAGAAAUUCCAUUAUCUCGACCACAACAUCAGAAUGGUGCAUUAGAACAAUUAAUCAUCAAUCAAAAAGGUGAUUUAAAGUUGACAUUAAGUCUUCAAGAAGUAAACGAUGAAAAUAUAGAUAUAAUUGUGCCAACAUUAAAUUCAAGACGAUGA